AUGACGAAGCGCAAGACCGCACCUGCAGACUCCACUUCUGUGCCUAGGAAAAGAAAAUAUGCAAAGGCUGGCGCAAACACUGACACGCUCCCAGAAGCUGCGAGUACUGUCACCACUGAAUCGUCCACAACUGCUCCCGUUGAAACCAGCACGCUGUCUGCCAUGAAUACUCCAGCGACUCCAGCGACUCCAAUCAAUGAUGAGGAUGUUUUUGAACUUGACUUUGGUGCUGAGGAUGAAGAGACCAAUGCAGCUUCCGUUGUCGUUGACGAUGACAAGCUCGAGAAGGAUCAGACGUCCUCUUCCAACCUCAAACAAGAAGGUGCUUCCAAACUCGUUGUGCAAAAAAAUGCCACAAGUAAGGCUGUUGCUACAUCUGAAUCCAACCCUGCAUUCACCGCAAACAUUGAAGAUGUGAACAAUGGGAUUCAGGAAGACGCCGAGGCUUCAUCCGCCACUGUAGAUAGGAUUGAAAGCCCCUCGAACGGCAAAUGGAAAACUGAAAUUGCUCAGCAGGCGCUCGUCAGCGGCAUUCAAGCCCAGUUUGCCUACACUCCGGCGCUGAUGUCCAUGGCAGGCGCAAACGCGGUUGGCGACACCAUCGAUCUAGGCUUCACCGUCAAUGGUCUGAAGUUGGAGGUUUCCUUUAAGAUUGUCGGGUUAGAGGAGCCAACACAACGAGAUGAGCAGGCUGUUUCUAAAGAUGUCAAUCGCGACACUGCUCCCGAGACCAUAUUAAACUCUCCGUCAAUUGAGACUACAGAGGAACCUAGUGACGUCAGCAUCGACACCGAACAGGCCGAAAACGCCCUUCAGAUUGCUCGUCCACUUUCCGCGAGCAAGUUGCCCGUUGACUCUCGCUCUAACAUUCCCUGCCGAUUCGGUGAAACUUGCACCAAGGGCGCUGGCUGCCCGUUUGACCACACUGUUAUGAAGAAGAAGAAGCUUUGUACCUGGGUCAACACCACCAAGGGCUGCAGCAAUGGUGCAAACUGUCACUUCUCCCAUGAAUAUGCGGGCAAGAUGUGCACAAAGUCGACCUCACGCAUGACUUGCGAGAAUGGCGCAACUUGCGCAUUCAUGCACAGGGACGAUGGUACCCAGACCUUGAAGAAGGGCACACAACCUCCAAAUAACAGUAUGGCACCACCGCUCUCUUACCAUGAUGGUGACAGGACGGGAAGUCUUGCUUUAUCAACGUCUGCUUCCAUCGCAUCGCUGCUUCCACCUGGUCUCAUCCCUAGCUCAUCUAACAACAACCAGGCUCACGACGCAACUUCUGGAUCUAAUCCCUCUCACAGCACUCCCAUGUACACGCAAACCGGCCCCCAGAACCUUGGCAAUGUUGCAGGUCUGAAGCGCAGCGCUGAGGGCGAGGAAAUUGGCCAUGAGACAUCUCGCCGUCGCACGUACAACAACCAUCCGAGCCAGCAACAGACUGGGUAUACUCGUAUUGGCUCUCAGAACGCGCGCGGCGGUCGAGGAUUCGCACAAACUCGGGGAAAACAGGGACAGCGUGGUAAGAACAAUGGCGGUGGUGAUAACAAGCACAACCUUUUGGAGAUGACAUUGUGA